CGCGCUCGGCCCGCUGCGCGACCUGGCGGGCGGCGUAGUGCGCGUCGAGCGCUCGACCUCUCGCUUCCUCAACGCCAUCUACCCGGGUGAGACGCUCGAGUUCGAGCCGGAGCCGCUCGUGCGCCGCACGCUGCACUCGGUUGGCCACGAGGCGAGGCUAUUCACGCACCAGGGCGCGCGCGCUCGCAACCUGCGCGGCAAGAACAUGGGCGUGGGCGGCGGGCUCACCGGCCUCGGAAUCGGCUACAUCAUGGUGCAACGGUCCAACGGCGCCCACGGCCGGCCGUUUACGCGGUACACGCUGCCGACGCUCGAGGUGCGGAUGGUGCUCGAGGCGAUGAGAGAGCGCAACGAGAGCUUCGAGCUCGAGUACACGCGCAUCGCCGGCGCGCCGCCACUCGACGACCACGCCGCCGCCGAGGAGUGGCGCGCGUCAGGAUGCGGGACCCGCGUCCGCCUGCGCGAGGCCGAUGGCGCGCGCGACUGCUCGGCCGUCGACACGUGCGCCGCCGGCGACUGGUUCGUCCGGUGGGCGGCGCGGCGAGCUUGCGCCGAGGACGAGCUUGCUGUGCUGGCGACGCCGCCUGGCUGGCUCGCCCGCAAGCUCCUCCUCGCCAACCCGUACCCCAUCCUUCAGCCCGCGGGAAGGUACUGCGGAAGCAGCGGCUAAUUCGAGGUGCGCUCCGUCUUUUCUUUCGGUG